AUGGAACCCAUCAACGUAGAAAAGUCUCGUCAUGGUCAUCUGGAACAGGGCAUCUCGGCGGUUCUAUCUCGAUGGAAUGGCCUUGAAAUGGCUGUCCAGAACCAGUGGGGUGGCCAAGACUCCACCCUCAAAGCCCAGCAACUCUCUGCCGAUAUUCUCUCUUGGUUCUCUCAAUCCAAAGCACCACGUUAUGUGGAAGAUCUAGAAAACUUGCUACAUGAACGCAUGCUUCUGUCUUUCAACACAGACAUAGAGGACGGAAGCAUUGAGGAGGUGGCAGAACAAUUGAUGAUUGUACAUGAGGAAUACUUGCAUGGAAACCAUUAG